AUGGACACACCUUUCAGCAUUGCACAAUGGGAGCCAUCCAAACCACAGGAAGCAUGGGAGACUCCACCAAGCGAGUCCACUGUCGCGGGCUGGAUAAGAUCACUCAAUGACCAAACCACCGACAUCGCCGCUCACCCUUACCACCCAAAUAGCUGGCUGGACCGAGCAGAGACUCUUGUGAAGCUGCGGUAUCCUGAGCUUGCUGUAGGCGAUGCAUACAAGGCGGUGAUGAUGUGCAAGACUCUACUCACGACUCUGACGCGACGACCAUGGUACAGACUUGGCUACCGCACGGGAUUUCUCAUGACGGAUCGCGAUGCCUGCAGUGACAGCGUGGCCAGAGAAGAGCAAACAGUACAGAAGCAGACAUAUGCCACUCUACAGAAACGAGCGCAGGACCUGAUACACGAGCAUCUGGACUACAUGCCGGCACACAAACGCGGCCGUGUGAUACUGAGGCAGUACCCGUGGAUCCAUGAGAGGCAUUUGAUGCGAUCUGAUGAACUCGUCAAGAGCAUCAAUCGUGAGUUGGCUGCAGCCACGCGGACGAUGAGACGCAGAAAGUGCUGUGUCGUGAAGCGAUUUGCGUUCGGUCGCGGCGUGGGCGCACGAGACGGCGAGGAUCUGCUGGGCGUCUUUGCCACUCGCGAUAUCGCGUGGGGUGAGCACAUCGUAUACGACAAGAGCAGAGUCUGGGGAUGCAAUGGGUCGGACAGCAACGAGCCGAUCAGCAAGUACCUACCACCGGACGACCUCGACGCCAAACUGCAAUGGAUACGGCAAAAAGUUGGCAGGUUCGCGGCCAACACGAUAGUGAGGUCUCGGCUGCUCAUCCGUGCUGUGAAGGACGGAGCACAACACCCCCUCGAUCAUCCUCUCAUUGCCCGUCUUACACCGACGUACUGCCCCGACGACUACCAGAGUUUCGAUCUAGAGAAGGACAUAGCGGUGAUGAAUCAAGUCCUCCAGCAGCACGGCAUCGACAUCUUCGCCAACCUGAACUGGGACACGCACGUCUUCUUCACCCUCAAAGCCCGCGUCAGCAACAACAGCUGGACGACGCCGCAGUCCGAAACCAUCAACUCCCUCUUCUCCCUCUUCAACCACAGCUGCGCCCCCAACAUGGAAUGGCAGACCCAGCCCGACCUCCGAACGAUCGUUAUGAAAGCCACCCGCGACAUCGAACGCGGCGAGCAGCUCUUCGUGUGCUAUGACGGGUUCGUCGUGGACGAGCCCCUGGAGGUGCGCCGCCAGACGUUCUGGAAGUGGAUUAAUGGGCCUUGUCAGUGUUCGAGAUGCGUGAGGGAGGAGGAGGAGUUGAGUCGGAGUGGUGGUGAUUCUUCGCCUACGGAGAGUUUUGCCAGUUCGAAUGGUGAGGUUGUGGGUGGGUGGGAUACGGAGGUGAAGCCGGUGUUUCCGGAGGAUGGAUUCGUAUUGGAGAAUGGGUUGGUGGAGCCUCUUGAUUGA